AUGGGAACUAAAGACGUGAGGGUGGACGUGAAGCUGAACAAGCAAAUCUGGAGCAAGGGAAUUAGGAGCGUUCCAAGAAGAAUCAGGGUUCGCAUUGCUCGGAAGAGGAAUGAUGAUGAAGAUGCCAAGGAGGAGCUCUAUUCCCUUGUCACUGUUGCAGAGAUCCCAGCAGAAGGACUCAAGGGGCUGGGAACAAAGGUUAUAGAGGAGGAUGAGUAA